AUGUAAUCUAAUUUUACUUUUAAUAUUAAAGUUUCUCCUAAAUAGAGUGACGAAUUUAGACCUCAUCAAAUUAAAGUAGAUCUUUCAUUAGCUCCUUUAAAAGAAUAUACUGAGUCAGUUCGAUCAGUCAAUUUUCCUUCUUCUGAAAUUUAAUUAUUGCAAUAACCUAUUGUACCAGCAAGGACUAGUAUACAUAUUAAAAAAGUAUAUCUAAUCAAUUAUUCAGCUAAAUAGAAAUAGUGAAAGAAUGCUUAUAAUAAAAAAAGAUAAAGAUGCAUCAGAAUAUUAAAAAUCAUAAAAAAAUGUUAUGAUAUAUAAAAUGUUUUAAACAGAAUCAUUAGUAAGGAAAUUUAUAGAUAAACUAAAAAAAUAAGCUUAUAUCUUACCUAAAGUGAUUUCAAAUAAAAUGCAGAACUUUUUAAAAGAAAAAUAUAUUGAUGAUGAUGUAAUUUUAGAUAAAUUAAGGACAUCAAAUCAAUAAUCUAAUAAAGAGCUAUUUCCAAUUUUAAACCCAACUGCCAUCAUAAUAUUUUCCUGGAAUAUAUUGAGAGCUCUUUAAUUAAUGUUUUUGACAUGGUGGUUACCAUUUAAAGUAGCAUUUCAACCAAAUUAUUAUUUUGAUCACAUAGAACUAUCCUUAAUCUAUAUAUUCAUUUUGGAUAUAAUUUUAAAAUUAAAUUAAGGUUUCAUAAAAGAAGGAGAUUAUAUCAUGAAUAGAACAUAAAUACUAAAGCAUUACAUCUAGACAGAACUUACUGAAGAUACUAUCUAUUUUUUUACUCAAUUGAUUGUAAUUGGUUAAAUCGAGAUUUAAAUUAAUAUCUUUUUUGAAAUAUUAGUUUUGAUUUAAUUUGCUUUGAAUUAUAAAAAGCUAAAGAAGAAAAUAAAAAAAUUUGAAGAAAUAUUUGCAACUAAAGCAGGAUAUAUCUAAUUAACUAAUUUAUUACAACUUAUUAUUACAGUAUUUUAUUUUGCUCAUCUUAUGGCUUGUAUUUGGUAUUAUGUUGGAGUUAAAAGUUUAAAUGUUUAUGAAUUAUCUUGGACUAAUAAAUUGUAACUUAAUUCUUCAGAUCCUCUUUAUUAUUAUUUGUAUUCAUUUUAUUGGGCAACAACAACAAUGGUAACUGUUGGUUAUGGAGAUAUAUCAGCUUAAAAUAGUUACGAGGUAUUGUGUGCUACUGUUUUAAUGAUAAUCUCAACAGGAAUGUUUGCAUAUGCUAUCAAUCAAAUAGGAGAUAUAUUUACUAAUAUUGAUACUGAAUAAUAAAAUUAUAAACGUACUCUAUUAUUAAUUAAUAAUUAUAUGAAAAAAAAUUAAGUGGAUCAAUAAGUUUAAAGUAGAAUCAGAAAUUACAUUAAAUAUUAAGCUAAAAUAAAACAAUAAAGUUAAAAUGAUGAAAUAGAAUAAAUUUUAAAAUAACUUCCUUCUUAUAUUUUUGCUGAUCUUUAAAAAAAUAUUUAAACCAAAAUUAUGUCUGAAAUAUCCUUUUAUAAAUCUAAUUUUUCUAAAAAUGUCAUUCCAAUUAUAUCUUAAACAUUAUAAAUAUAAUCUUAUACUCCUAAGGAAAUCAUAUAUUAAUAAGGUUAAUUAGAUGAUUGUAGUUUAUAUACUGUUUGGAAAGGGGAAGUUUUAAUAGUUGAAAAUUCAUCUGGAAAACUUUUGGCAACUCUUGCAAAAGGAUAAAGUUUUGGUGAAAUUGAAUUUUUAACCUCUUAACAUAGAUAAUUUACUGCCAUAAGCAAAGAUUUAAGUUAAGUUUUAAGAAUGCCAAGAGAAACCUUUUUGAAAAUUAUCAAAAAUUCUAAAAUUGAUGUUGAACACUUUCAUAAACUAAAAGAUUAGUUAAUUUUAUAUCAAAUAAAUUAAAUAUCAUCAUGCUAUUGUUGUUCAGAAAAUCAUAGUGUAAAUGAUUGUCCUUAUACUUUUUAUAAACCUAAUCUAGAUAUUUUAAGAUAAAGAGAAAAUGCUUAAGAAGUAGUAUCAAUUAGACAAACUUAUGAAAGAACUGGAGAUAAAAAAGGAUUUUUUUAACUUUAAACUUUAAAAUCAAAUACUGAUGAUAAAGAAGAGUUAGGAUCUAGAAUUCAUUCAAUAAAAAAUGAAACUGCUCCUGCAGUAAGUCCUUCUAGACCAAAAACAAAAACAAUUACUCAAAUUCAUUAUAAGAAUUAUGGAUAGUCUAAUCCUAAAGAAGAUGAAAAAUAAAUAGAAAGUCCUUUUUUUGCAUAAAGUUAAACAGAAAUUUAAAAUGAGUAAAAUCCAAAUAAAUUAAGCAUACAUUAAUUAUUGGAACUUCCAUCAAUAAAAAAUAGACAAUCAUAAUCAAAUAAUUAAAUUGUAAUAUCUUCUUUAAGUUAACUUGAAUUGAUAGAAUAAGAAUUUUUAAAAGUAUUUAUGCUAGACAUAGAUAAAAUUGGAAUAUUUUAAAGUUAUUUUCCUUAAAAUAACUUAGAAGUGAUCUUAUUAUCUUUUAGAAAAUAUAUGAGAAGUAAGAAAGUAGUUAUUACUGAAACUCUUGGAGAUUUGACAAGAAGGAAAAUAUAAACAGAAAAUAACUAAUUUUUUUGA